AUGGACGAUACGUCGGCAUCCCAUCGCCCCAAUUCGGCUGCCAUGUUAGAAGCUGCGAGCCAUGCCCAACUUCUAGUUCCCAAGGUCACCAUCGUAGAGACCAUCUCGCGAUCGACCUCGCCCGGCAUUCCGAACAAUAAGCGGCCUAGCGAAGACGAGAAGAAGCGAUACCGGCCGCGCACCUUCAGCUACUUCGACCACCUGCCCUUCGCAGUCGAGGACCAAUCCCAUCGUGACGUCGCCCUUGCCGGGAUCCUGAAGCAGCUUUUCAUCGCCGUCAAGGCCGAAGAUUUCUCCCCGGGCGCGCUUCACUGGACCCGUGAGCUUCAAGCAUGGCUGAACUUGAAGUUUGAGAUGACGCGGGAGCUCCGCGCUACCCUGGCUCGUCUCUACUACCAUAUGUCGCUAGCGCCAGGCCUCGACACGGUCACAUCAGAUCGAUUUGCGAGGAUGCUGGUUUCUCUAACCAGAAAAUACCAUUACCUGAAACCUGUCGAAGAUCUCGUGCUCGACUGGCGGCCGCUUUGGCGCGAGAUCAAAGCUCUGGUACUACCAGGAGAGGUGCCAACCCAUCAAAGUAGCCGUCGCAAGUCGCAAAAACAGCUAUGGAAGCUCCUUGUCCAUGCCCAAUUCUACUUCGAGCCCCGAGAACGCCGACAGAUCCUCGACGAGAUCCUGCCAUACUUCAGCACCUCUGACAUAUCAAAUGCCUUCAUCGUCAUCGGGGCGUUGGGGGCCCUUUUGCCGACAACCCCCGGCCCUGACGAUGCCCUCGACUGCGAGCCUGAGCACUUUUUCCCAACUCUCUUCCACUUGUGGUCACUCAUCUCAAGAUCGAAGCUUACCGAUAUCUUCAUGAUCGACCUAUUCUCCCGCUUCGCCCGCGAGUACCUACCCAGUACGACUUCGGACUACACGGAAUACGGGAUAUUCACGCGCGACCAAUCCGACUUGAUAUUCACCGCAAUUUUGCGGCUGACUGAUAUCCCGGUUGGCCAGUCGGGAUCGCCUUACUCUUCUCUCGAUCUUUCGAGUGGGUUGGGAAUAUAUCUCGAGAAAGACAAAAAGAAAUACCCUAUAACAUACAUGAUUGCCCGAUGGAUUGUGUACUCCUUGUCCCCCUUGUGCCUGGAGAAGGAGAACUCCGUCUUGUCAAGUCUUGAAGGACUGAUCCAAUCAGUGGAUACGUUCUUCCACCCUUCCAAUCAGGGUUCCUGGCAUGUUUUCCUGGGCCAGCUCACCGUCUAUCUUACGGAUAUCUUUGUCUCGCGCUGGAAUCGCGAGGCUAGCGGAGAGUUGGAGUGCCCCCCGGAGCGCAAGAUCAACGAGGCCUUGAAGAGGCGCUUUGUACUCUGCCUCAGGGACGUGACCUUUAUGGGCAUUUACUCGAAGAGCAUGCGAGUGGCUAGCUACUACUAUGCGACACUCCAAGGACUCGCCUUCUUGGAGCCUGAUCUCGUGCUCCCCGGCGCGUUACAGCGUUUCUACCCCAGUUUGCAAGGCCUUGUCGAAGUUCACCGAACGACGUCCAGCCUCAAUGGACUUCAGAUGAUUGCCAACACCAUGUCCAAGCAAAAGGGAUAUCGCUGCCAUAUCACCGCGCUCCUUGGACUAGCACUCCCGGGAAUUGAUGCGAACGACCUCUCGAAGACUAUUUACUCGCUCAAUUUCAUCCAGAGCGUAGCCUAUAGUAUUCCCAUUGUCUCGCUCGCUACCGAGGAUCAGCAGGUCCAUGACACCAGCAUCGCGAUGCAAUGGGUGCAGAGUGAGAUGGACCGUAUGGAGCGGGAGGGGCCCGAUGUCAAGAUUGACUACAAGAAUGAACUGUCCGACGAGGACGAGGCAAAUAUCCUGCGUUCUUCGACGGCAGGGUUCGGGGAGUUCGUCAUGGCCCUCCUCGGGAAGGUCUUUACUUUGUUAGAGAACCUGCCCGAUUCGUCUCAGCGAGGGGCUACUCAGGAAGACAAUGUCAUCAACGCCCUUCCAGCGGCUCUUGCGCCGUUGUUUGCGUCGCUGUCUCCGGAGCUCUACGAUAUGGCCCUCGAAAAGCUUGCCACUUUCGUUUCGUCGCACGUUGUACAUCAGGCCCGGGAUGCCAUGGCGUGGAUUCUGAAUGCAUUUUGCCGCGUUGACCCUCAAAAGACGCUCAAAAUAUUUAUCCCCAUGCUGAUUGUCAACAUCCGCAACGAGAUCGAUUACAAUCACGCUGCAUCGGAUCGCAGUAGCGGCACGGAAUACCUCCCCAGGGAUCGGGCACUGGUGUGGCAUGUGAGUAUGCUUGGCAUGGUUGUCGUUCAUGUCGGCGCAGAGGUCCUGAACUACCAGGAUGAGCUCUUCUCGAUUGCGCAGUAUAUGCAGGAAAAGUGCCGUGGUCUGCCGACGAUCCACAUCUCAAAUUUCAUUCAUCACCUCCUUCUAAACCUGACCCACACGUACCCGAUCGACCAUAGCCUCUACGAGCCGGAGGCUAUUGAGAAAGGGCUUGAUGUCGACGCCUGGGGCCGCCUUACCCCCCCCUCAGAGCUGAGCAUCAAGUGGCACGUGCCAUCCCCCGAGGAGAUCCAGUUCGCGGUGAAAUUGUUCGAUGCGCAGACCAAGUCCGCGUCCGACAAGUUGGAGCUCCUUAUGGGCGACGACCCUCCAGUCAAGCGGGCUGGCAAGAACAAGGAAUGGUCGGAUGAGGUUGGGAGGCUUCUCGGUCGAAUUCGACUCGCUAUUUCCGGCAUAUCCACCCUCUUCGACCCCAAGAAAGCAUCUGGGCAUACUGGUAAGAACGGUACUCGUCAGGCCCCGGAGAUUGACGACGAUGGCGAUCUGAACAUGGGCGACGACGGCAACGAGGAGGACGACCCGCUUGCCGAAGUCGCAGAUGAUGAAGAGAUGCGUCCACAAUUCCGAUACGAAGCUGGCUAUUUCCUUAAGCCUGAUGACCCUGCAUACAUUCGCAUUCACGAACUCCGUGAGGAAAUCGGCCAUCUCCUAUCGAGGAUUCACCGAUUCCUUUCCACGAACGCGGAAGAUGAAGUUGCCUGUUUCCAAUCAUUAUACUACGUCUACAAGGUCUGGAUCACCGAUGUUGGUCUUGAGCGGUCUGCUCGUUCUCUUGACCGUCAUCUUCGGCUGUACAAGGCGGACAUCUCCGCAUUCAAGAUUAACGGCCUGAGGAAGCAAUAUCCUCGGCCCCUGUUGAUCAAGCGAGCCGCUGCAUACUACAUGUUACGGCUGAAGCACAAUGCCACUACCCGGCACAAGAGUGAUCUAGACAAGCAAUUACUCUUGGAUCUUGCCGAAUCAUGCAUUUCGCCUUACGCGGAUGUUCGUCGGACUGCGCAGAGCGCGCAGGAUUCCUCUCUAAGGGCCCUCAUAGGUGGACGGCCUAUCGUUAUCCCCGUUAUUCUUGACGGCUUACGGACCGCAAUUGAGGAGAACGACCAUGACCGAAUUAAGGGCUCACUCUACACUCUCUUCUUCACCACUCUUACGAAGACAGUGAGCCGCGAUUGGAGGUUUGCCCCCGAUGCUCUGCGGCUGUACAUAGAGACCGCUGGAAUCGAUAAGCCUUCGAUCCAGCACCUAGGGACAACCGCGCUUUAUGCGUUGAUCGAAUUUGGCAAGCCGAUCGAAAGAGUUGUUCUGUUAGACCAGGACCUCGUUGAUACCAUCAAGCCGGAAGAUGACUGCUCAACGGCGAUUCGUUCGCGACACGCGUUUAUUGUGCAAAGGAGAAGCCGCGUGGAAAGUAAGAAAGCUGCGCUUGGUCUCGAGCUUACCCAGAAGGCAAGCGUUGCCCAUUGGAAGGUAGCAUCGAGAUGUGCCAUCUUUGCCAAUAAUCUUUGUCUUAGAUUUGACACUAUCGCGCCGUCUGAAUUCGUCGAGCUUGUCACUCUCGGGGCCAAUGAUCAACACCCGACUCUUCGUUCUCAUUAUCUCCAGGCCUUUACCUCAAUCUUCCAAGCGAUCGAUAUGAGGGCGGCCUACGAUCAUGAUUACCACAAUUACCUUACCGAAGAGCAAGACGACGUGAAUCGGUUAGAGAUCGAGGUCCCCAAGGGCGAUGCGGAGUUUACGAGGAACUUCCUUGAUUCCUUCGCAGAUCCGGAUAUCGACCAUGCCGAGUACAUGGUUGACGCGGACCAUCCUGGCUGGCUUGUUUGGGGCAAGAAGUUCAUCGCCUUCCGUGCGAAGCCGCAGCCAUUCUUAGCCUACGACGAACUUGAAUCCGGGGUGAGAAGGCAGAUUGGAGAUUUGAUUACCAAGGAGUGGCUAGCCAAGGCCUUUGAAUACAUGAAGCAGGAGCCUAGGGAGUCCUCAGACAGGAUACGGAUGACAAAUAUCUACAUGCUCAUGCACGUCUUCGAUCUAAUGUACUACGGCCAGACGAAGAUUACACUCGACGACGUGGUUGCGCUUGUAGAGGAUGUGUAUGGCGACGGAACCGACCGUAACCAGCACCGUGCCACUGCGGAGAUUUUUGGCGCUCUGUUGACGGGCUCUAGCGACGAUCCACUAGAGAUGCGCAAGCCCGUAUGGGACUAUGCAGCACCAAAGCUCCUCAAAAUUCUAUCAGAAGAGUUGACGCCAGAGAAUCAAGGGUACUGGACCAACUGCCUUCACUUGAUCGUCGACUCCAAGGAUCCGCGACGAACGUCCCAGAUUCAAGAAGUGUUGAGCGCCUUCCGCUUAGAUAUGAGCUCUAAUGCGGCCUUCAAAGAGGGCUCCAAGAUCCAGCUGCUCGAAUACGUCAUCACAGAUGCGGGUUGGCAUUAUCGACAUGAGAAGCCUCUGCUAGAGGACUUCCUCGCGCAUAUCGACCACCCCUACAAGACUGUCCGUGAGGCCAUGGGGCGAGUCAUCGCAACGAUCUAUCGUACUCGGUACCACGAAUCAUUCGAGAACGUCACUGCUCUUCUAGAGGCAAACAGGGCCGAGUCUUCUAUCGGGAUUCGCCCGUACAAGCCGAGCGAGGAGUUCUCGGCCGUUAUAAACGAUGUGUUUACGAGGCUUGAGCAGUGGAGGCGGGAGCGCACGCCUGGUCAGCAAACGCCUAGCCCGUACACGUCCGGCUCCAAGACCGUGCUCACCUGGUUCGACUGUGCGCUUUCGAGCCAAGAAUGUACUGAACUCCUGCCCUUCUUCCACACGAACAUGAUCGAAGCACUUCUACACAUGAUGGACGUGAAGGAGGAUGUGGAACUCAUGAGACUUGCAUACUAUGUCUAUCGGUUAAUGCCCAACAUUCCCUUCCAGCGAGGCGAAGACGGCCCAUUCAUCGAGGCCCUCAUCCGCGUCGGCAAGACCUCGAGCAGCUGGCACCAGCGCCUCCGAUCCCUCGUAAACCUCCAGGUCAUCUACUUCCGGCGGAUCUUCCUCAUGACGAAGGAAUACCGCGAUAAGAUGUUCGACGCCGUAAGCGACAUGCUCGAGGACGCGCAGCUCGAGGUACGGACGUGCGCCUCAGCAACCCUGGCGGGCAUGAUCCGCUGCUCUCCGAUCCCCAUUCGCGAGCCGGCCAUCGAGACCCUCAAGCAACGCUUCGCGCGGCAGCUGCAGCUCAACCCGAUGCCCAAGAAGAAGCUUCCGGGUACGGAGACGCCCGUCAACGUGCAGAAGCAGGUUGUCCGGCGGCACGCGGCCGUGCUCGGUCUGGGCGCGCUUAUCGAGGCGUUUCCUUAUGCUACACCGCCACCGAAGUGGAUGCCGGAGGUCCUUGCUACUUUGGCGAAUAGGGCUGCGAAUGACCCUGGGGUGGUGGGGAAGGCGACGAAGAGCAUUCUUUCGGAGUUCAAGAAGACGAGACAGGAUAGUUGGACGGUUGAUCAGAGGUAUUUUACCCCUGAACAAUUAGAAGAUUUGGAGGGUGUUCUUUGGAAGAGCUACUUCGCCUAA